AUGACAUACAAGGAGAGAACCCAUGAACUGUUGGCCAAGCUUGGAGAUGUGGUCACUGGUUCAAGAGGAUCGAAUCGGGAUCCUCAAUCUGUAGCAAUUCCAGGAGCCUCUAGUUCUGUGUCUGUUGUUGCCUCUUUAUCUUUACUUUUAUUUGGUGAUAAUCAUUCUUUUGUUAAGCUUGCGAUUACGAUUACAAAUAUUCCUAGGAUGAUACUGGCUUCAAAGGAGGGUGGAGAACCAGAUUCUGUGGAAGAUGUAUUGCGAGAUGACGAUGAUGUGGAGCUCGCCAUGAUUGCUGAAGAUAGUGAUGAUGAUAUAGGGAUGAAUGUUCCGGUUGGUCAGGGUGGACCGAGCAAAGAAGAAGUUGUUUUAAGUGUCAAGACUUAUAGCAUCUAUCGUGGGGUUGAGUAUAUAUCGUUGGAGUCUAAUCACGUCAAGUACCAUGGAAAGUGUAAGAAAUUUGAAAAAGGUUGCAUAUGCUUGAUUCGGAUCACUCUUCACCAGCGAAAGGAUAUUUGCGAGGUCAGAAGGUAUAAUGAACUUCAUACAUAUCUGGCCAUAAAGAUUUCUAGUGACUACAGAAAGCUUGAUUAUCAUGUCAUAUAUGCAUUCAUCUUUCUUAUGCUCAGAGAUGAUGAUGUGAUGUUGAUUAAAUUUAAGGUACUACAGAAUGCCACCAAGCCAAAUUUUGGUUUUAGAUUGAGUUAUAGGAAGAUGCGGUUGGCUAAGCAGAAGGCAGUUGUGCAUAUUGAUGGGAAUUUGAAAGAGUCACACAAUGAGUUGCCAAGAUGGGAUAUAUCAAGAUAA